AGUGGUUUCGGUCCAAAGCUCAACUGCGCUUCCAGUCGAAAGUGUAGCACGUCCUCCAAGUACCGAACAGCUGAUGGUUCCUGCAACAACCUCGCGCACACAACUUGGGGCAUGGCAUCCAUUCCAAUGAGACGAUGGUUGUUCCCAGCAUAUGAUGAUGGCAUCUCUACCCCGCGAGAAAGAGCCACCCAAGGGUCGUCUUCGAAGCUCCCCAGUGCCCGCCUGGUCAGCACGACUGUCCACACCCCCUUCAACAAACGCUGACCGCCACGCCUCCUACACCCACAUGUUGAUGCAGUGGGGUCAGUUCUUGGAUCACGACAUCACCAGCACACCCACUCAACAACUGUCUGCAGGUCCUUACGGGAGUUCUGUUGGGUGCUGUGCUUCUGGUUUUCCGAAAGGAGGGUCAUUUGAAUUUGGAAGAAGACUUCCAAUAACUCCUAUCAACAGGCCCCAGUGCUUUCCCAUCGACAUCCCUCAACCCGACAGACACUUCAGAACCACCUGUAUGAACUUCGUGAGGUCGGUCCAAGUAGCGAACGCUGAUUGCCAAGCAGCACCUGUGGAACAACUUAACCAGAUCACCGCCUACGUAGACGCCUCACAGAUGUACGGAUCGUCACAGGCGGAACAAAACAAACUGCGGACAUUUGUUGGCGGUCAACUGAAGAUGAAAUCUACACACUUGCCUAGCGAUUCAAAACGUAGCUGUACCACACCAAACAGUCCCAGCUACUGUUUCCUAGCAGGCGAUCAUCGAGUGAAUGAAAAUCCAACUCUUCAAAGCUUGCACACCAUCUUCGCAAGGGAACACAACCGAAUCGUUGCAAAACUAAAUGCCCUCAACUGCCACUGGAACGAUGAGAAACUCUUCCAGGAAGCCCGGAGGAUAGUCGGCGCUAUUGUACAGAAAAUUACGUACGAUGAAUACUUGCCUAUCAUCAUGGGUCAGCAAGCUAUGAUCAAGUAUGGCUUGCCAACUGGAUCUGGGAGAACCUACACCAAUGUCUACAGCACAACGACGGACGCAAGCAUCAGGAACGCCUUCGCUACUGCGGCUUUCAGGAUGGGACACUCCAUGAUCCACAGCCACUUUGCCAGCUACAGCUCUUCAUUUAGUUAUCUCGGCCAGGACCAACUCAGCAAGAUCUUCGGUAAGACGAAUCUCAUUCUGAACGUCAACAACAGGACGGUUGGUCAUUACUGUAGAGGACUGGUUAAGGACAGUGUUCAGAACACAGAUCACAAACUGACACAGGAGGUUACGGACAGGUUGUUUGUCGACAGUAAAGGCAACAGUCUGGACCUGGCAGCUCUCAACAUCCAGAGAGGAAGAGACCACGGACUCCCGUCUUACACCGAGUGGAGGAAGUUCUGUGACGUUCCAACAGCGGCAUCCUUCUUUGAUCUUGCCUCCACUACUCACACAACAACUGCAGCAAACCUUCUGAAGAAAGUGUACAAACACGUUGACGACAUCGACCUGUUUCCUGGGGCUUUGUCGGAGACACCUGUUCCAAGGGGACUUCUGGGUCCCACAUUUACCUGUCUCCUUGGGAAACAGUUCCAGGCACUGAAGACAGGAGACCGAUUCUGGUUUGAAGAGGACAAUGCUUAUGUCAAAUUUACGUCAAACCAGCUGAAUGAGAUACGGAAAGUGAGUCUGUCCCGGGUUGUGUGUGACAAUACCGACACCUACAAGAUCCAGAGGAACGCUUACAUCAAGGGAACUCCGGUCCAGUGCAACGGUCUGCCUGAAAUUAACCUCAGUUUCUGGAAUGAGCCCUCAACAGCCACCUGGGGGUCCUGGACGUGGUGGGGAGCAUGCAUCUCCGGACAACAGAGUAGGAAACGCUCAUGCAAGACCUGCGGCUGCACUGGUCAGAGCUCUCAGAGUCGCACUCGCACUUGGUCCAGCUGGGGACCAUGGAGUAGCUGUUCGUCCGGCAGAAGAAGUCGCUAUCGGUAUUGUCGCAACAAUCUAUGGCGCGGUCGCAGACAGGCGGCGUUACAGAAAGCAAUUAAUGUGGAUCCCUUGGAUGAUUUUAGAGUUAGACACCCUGUUGAUCCUAUUCGUCCUAUUGAUCCUAUUGGUCCCAUUGAUCCUAUUUAUCCUAUCGAUCCUAUUCGUUCAUGUACAUGCAGCGGGUCUAGCAGACAGAAUGGAUUCUGUGGCUGGAGUGAUCCUUAUGCUGUGGACGUUUUGAAAGGUAAUGAGGACAGAUCUGCGCGAUUGGAACAGUAAUAUCUGGAAGAAUGAUUUCACAUGCUUUAUCAUUUCGGUGAUAGUAUAGGAGCCGAGUAUCACGUGUUAUUUGUCUGCCCAACUUCUUUUGUUAGAUUUGUAGUUCGUUUUUUCUAAGUUCACUUUCGCCUGACCAUCAUCCAACUGGCAUCUUCGAUCCGAGUCUUUGUUUCGUCCCACGCACUUGAUCUCUUGUACAUUUAUUUUUGUAACGUUAUCAAAUGUUUACGCCAUACUAGCUGCAAAUACUGUUAUUGUUGUGAGUCUUUUUCAUCUCGAUUAUGAUGAAUAAAUUUUGGUUGUCAAAA